GGGGCAGGCAUGAACACACAGAGGUCCUCGUCCAGUCUCUCCUGUAAUAAUUAAUCUUCAAUUUUUACUCUUAUACAAUUGUACGAUGAUGAAAUCUGGUAAAGGCAACACUUUGGAUGAUGAUGAAGAUUAUGAAGACGAUUUCACUUCUAAAAAAGAGUCCUCUUCUGCUAAUAAAGAUUCAAAGAACAAUGAUAAGGCAAGUGCAAUGCGUUCAAAGCACUCGGUGACUGAGCAACGUCGUAGGAGCAAGAUUAAUGAGAGAUUUCAGAUAUUAAGAGAUUUAAUACCACAUGGUGAUCAGAAGAGAGACACUGCAUCUUUUCUCUUGGAGGUAAUAGAAUAUGUUCAACUUUUGCAAGAAAAAGUUCAGAAGUUUGAGGGAUCUUAUCAAGGAUGGAGCGCAGAGCCUACAAAACUUAUGCCCUGGAGACAUAGUCAUUGGCGAGUUCAGAGUUUUCUCGGGCAUCCUCCAGCAGUAAAGAAUGGUCCCAACUCUGGAUCAACACUAAAGUUUGAUGAGAGGAAUUUCAGCACAAAUCUUGGUGUGGCUGCUAAUGUGCAAACUUCAGUGACCACCGAUUCUGUCCAUGAUGCCUUUAGGGCUUUGGAUCAGCAGUCAGAGUUGGUUGAUAAGGAAGCAACCCUGCCCACACCCUUCUCAUUGCAGAUGCCUACUGUUGUUCCGACUGAUGGAGAGGAUUCCCGUCUUCCCCAAAGACCAGCUUCUGGCUCACCGUCAGCCCCCUGUCCCAUUAGCAAUGAUGAUCAACAGGGGGAGCAUACAAUUGAAGGAGGCACUAUUAGCAUCUCAAGUUCUUAUUCUCAUGGGCUAUUGAUGACAUUAACGCAAGCUUUGCAGAGUUCUGGUGUGGAUCUCUGUCAGGCUAGCAUUUCCAUACAGAUUGAUCUUGGUAAACGAGCAAAACAGGGUGUAACUCCUGGGAUAUCUGGUAAUAAGGAAUCGGAAAACGCUGCUUCCCAUGAUCUAAAUAUGGGACAUGUUGGAGAUGGAAGUGGCAUGGAGGAACUGGAGCAACCCCAUAAAAAACUCAAAUCAUGAAAAGUGUAUACCGAAACUUUGUAAUGUGCUCUAAUUUGGGGUGCUCCUCUCAUAAUUUGGCCAUUGUAUAUGAUGUACCUGUUAUUCUUGUUAUCUAUCACCGUUGCCAGAGUCAUCAUUGUAGAGGUAAAUGACUAAUUGUUUUGACCAAAAUGAGGACAAGUUUGAGGUAAGUUUCUGUUCUUUUGAAGAACAUACCAUGUAGAUUCUUUCAGACCAUUCAGAGUGCUUAUUUGUAUUACUGUAACUAUGUAGAAUUCUAGUUAUCUUUUUCCAGAAGUUGGUAUUCAAAUAUUAGUCUCAACUUCUAUUUUUGGAGGGAGCUCAGAACAGAUAUGGAAGAUGAUUUAUGUAAUAAAAGUUUGUGUUUGCUUGUUUUCGGUGUUUCAA